CGAGCUUAUUGCAUGAGUUUUUCGAUUGCUAAAGAUAGUGCAUGAGCGGAGUAAAUGGGUUCCCGAAGAUGCCCAUUCUUUUUAUUGAUGCGAUUGAUCCUGAAUAUGAUGGUAUCAGUGACUAGUUCCGGAAUACAGUCAAUUGCUCGAGUUCGAUUCGAUCCUCCCUAUAUUCAUGAUCUCAUGGUUGGUACCAAUAAAACCGUCAAAGUAGCUAUUGAUGUGGAUACGAAUCGUCAGGAAUUUGCAAAAUUACCACCCGAAAAACCAUUUGCAGUUAUUCUGAAAUCGGCUGAUGAAGAUAUUGCUACAGCAGCGAAAGAGCGAAAACAAUUCAAAUGGGGCGAAUAUUCAUCGAAGCGAAAUGACUGCCAAACAUACGAAGUAAAUAUUACACUUACUGGACAUUUUCUCGGUAAAACAGCCGUAAAAGUACGUUUAUUAAGUACGGAUGAAACUACGGAUGAUGAUCGAUUUUUAUAUGAAAUAGACAAAAACAGAAAUAUUUUUGAUCAAAGUAAUACGUUGGAUAUUUGGGUUAUUCAGGACAAUAAACGGCUUGAAAAUCGGUUGUUUUUAUCAGCAUUGGUUAUUCUGAUCAUCAUUGCUAAUGUGUUGAUGGGAUGCGAGCUUGAUGGGCGUGUUAUGUUGGAGGUGAUUAAAGAACCGGUAGCACCGAUGAUUGGUUUUUGUACACAGUUUAUUGCAAUGCCUUUGCUUGCUUGGGGUAUUGCAAAUGUUAUGUUCACCGCCAAUGGUUUGCAUUCUUUCGCACUUGGUUUAUUUGUUACUGGUUGCGUACCUGGUGGUGGUGCCAGCAAUUACUGGACUGUUUUGUUGGAUGGCAAUUUGCCGGUAUCACUAACAAUGACAUUUUGUAGUACCUUAGCAUCUUUAGUGAUGAUACCAUUGUGGAUGUGGCUUUUGGGUUUCCACUUUCUUGACAGUUUCCAUCCUGAAGCAGUGAUCAAAAUUCCUUACGUCAAAAUUAUCUCUUCUUUGGUUAUAAUGAUAGUACCACUGAUUUUCGGUAUUACGAUUUCAUAUUUCAAACCAGCACUACGAUUUCAGGCUCGAAAGGUAAUGCGUCCAUUUAUUAUAUUCGUCCUGGUUUUUUUAAUUAGUUUCGGGACGGUAGCGAAUAUAUAUAUGAUUCAUUUGCUGACAUGGACAACUGUUAUUGGAAGUUUAUUGCUACCUUGGUGUGGCUUUGCGAUUGGUUGCCUCACAGCAGUUAUUCUUCGGCAGUCGCCACCCAAUGUCACUGCGAUAGCAAUCGAAACUGGUAUUCAGAAUACGGGGAUAGCUAUUAUGUUACUGAAGUUCUCGUUUCCUGAUCCGGAUGCCGAUAUUAGCGCUCUAAUUCCUGUUAUUUGUGCAAGUAUGACGCCAGUCCCACUUCUGUUCAUUGCAGCGAUACACUGGUUAUGUAGAAAGCUAGAAAAAAGGCAAGAAAUUGCAGAAUGCAGUGAUUUUGAAGAAACAGCAGUCAAAAUUGAUCCCGCAAAUGAUAACUGCAAUGGAAUUACUGCUGUUAAGUAUAAAUCGAGCCCACCAUUAAUGAAUAUUAAUGGAAAAGGAUAUAUCUUACGGGAAAUCUCUCGUUGUUAAUGUUUGCUUAUGAUAUUGACCAUAGGCUUAUUUUUUGUAUAGAUUGUCGCAGCUUACAACAUCCUUUUACCAGCAAUAUCACUUCUGGAAAGUCCAGAACAUUUUAGCACUACAAAAUAAUUUCUGUUCGGCAUGGGAAAUGUGCACUACUUUGAAGACAACUGUGCUUAGUUCUUAUUUCACAGACGAAUCACUUCAAAUUAUUGUCGAAAACUUUUUUUUACGGCUCUCUUAAUCGCUGUAGACUGUGAAGUAGAUAUUGAUGUUUGGUUUUCUAAGCACUCAUUUCAUUAUUAUAUUAAUUUCCAUGUUGCUGUUAUACUUCCAGAAACAAUCUAUUUCGUGAUCUGAUGUUUAAUGUACCUUAGUUUAUUUCAUCUUUAUAGCAUCCCUUCAUAUUAACAUAACGUGUAGCUUUGAAAAAAUGUUAAAGAGCAGUAUUUCCGAAUGUUUUGAAGAACUGCACUGGUGCAGUUUAGUGGAUUUUUUGUUCUGCGUG